CUCUGGUGCCCCAUCUUUUAUUUUCGGAAUAGAAGAUCUUGUUGUGGGUAAUCCAUGCAACAUGAGUUUGGAGGCUACUAAGGACGAUCAGCAACGACGCUGCUUGCACAUUCUCAUCACUGGUAGCUCCCAAGGCGUUGGAUUGGCUGCCGCCAAGCAGUUGAUUGCCGAGGGCCACACGGUGUAUCAUGCCUGUCGAUCCGACGCUCGAGCCCAACACGCCGCGGAACAAGCUGGCGGUGGUGUCGCCCUCAAGGCGUGCAAUCUCUCGGACUUUGACUCCGUCAAGGCGUUUGCGCAAGAUGUCCAAACGCGAGUGCAUCGGUUGGAUGUGGUGUGUCUCAAUGCCGGCAUGUCUCCUUCCACUAGCAUCCAGGAGCCUCCCUUUUUGACACAACAAGGAUACGAGCCGACCAUUGGUGUGAAUCAUUUGGGACACUUUUUGCUGGCACACUUGCUUCUAGACAAGCUGAUGGCAUCUGCAGAGAAUCCUCGAUUGGUCCUCACGGCAUCGUCUGUCCACGAUCCUUCUCUGAGAGCAGGACAAUCCGGAGGCAAGACGGCCACAUUGGGGGAUUUGAGUGGAUUGGGUGUCAAUCUGAAACAAAAUCCUCAGGGACCCACCAUGGUCGAUGGAUCCACAGAAUACUCUGGUGCCAAAGUCUACAAGGAUUCCAAAUUGUGCAAUAUACUCAUGUGCCGACAAGCCGCCACCGGAGAAUUAUUCCCCAAAACCCUCACCACCUGUUGCUUCAAUCCAGGAUUUGUCCCCACCACGGGACUCUUUGAAUCUCUGCGGCAGGAAUCGUGGUGGAAGGCGAAAGCAUUGACACUCUUGGCCAGCGUUAUAGGAUUCUCCAUUCCCGUGGAGGUCGCCGGGGCCAGGCUAGUCACCAUGGCGACCCAUCCCGAUAUCCCAAAUGGAUCCUACUAUUGUGCGGCGGACAAGUCCAAGGGGGCCACGCCGGAGGAAGGAUUCGUCGUGACAAACGUAUCGGAGGACGCAUCCAAUGAUGCCCUGGCGGAAGCAUUGUGGAAGAAAUCCAUGGACAUUGUCAAGCCGUGGUUGGAAUAGAGCAAAAAAAGUUCCCAACGAAAGUAGAAGCCCACAAACGUAGCCCCCCAGGCAACGGAGCACGGAUAUGAAUGCGAUUAUCGUAGAAUUACUUCAUGAUUCGAUUCGAUUCGAUUCCGUACUCUUUCCUAAUACAUACAUUGUGUGCUACAGGACAGACUGGCUCGUUGGCAUCGGCCCCUGUACCAAAGCUCCGCCAUCAAGGAACAUCUCGGUGCCUUCAUUCGUACCGUAGUGACAGCAAAUCGUCGUGCUGCUGGCUGUGGGGCCUCGGAAGACUGCAUGGAUUGCUCGGGAUGUAGCUACGGGUCUGCGACUCGACUCUCCAUAUUCGGUAGGAAACGUCUGGCCUGGAAGCGAGGGGCGGUUUUAAAUCCUCCCUCCACCGGUAUACGACUCAUCCGGACUCGGUUUGCCGCAGGCCUUGUCUCGCCAAGGUACCGGGUAGGUACUGUGCAGCCCUACUUCAUUUAACUCCACACUAAAUUGACGUAGCCUCACCUCAAGUGCACACAUGUUGCCAACA